UUUCCCGAUUUUUUUUCCCGCAGCAGCGCGGCCGCUCCCGGAGAUGCUCCUGGAGCUGCUGCUGAUUUUUUGGGGGGUCCUGGCCCCCCCCGGCGCCCCCCAGCCGCGAUUUUCACCCGAGGCGUGGCUGCAGCAGUACGGGUACCUCCCCCCCGGGGACCUCCGGGCGCGGCCCCGCGCGGCCUCGGCGUCGCUGGCGGCGGCGCUGGCGGCCAUGCAGGAGUUCUACGGGCUGCGCGUCACCGGCACCGCCGACCCCGAAACCAUCCGGGCCAUGCGCCGGCCCAGGUGCGGCGUCCCCGAUAAGUUCGGCGCGCAGGUGAAGGCUCAGGUGCGGCGGCGCCGCUUCGCGCUGCAGGGGCUGCGCUGGGAGCAGCCCGAGAUCACCUACAGCAUCCAGAACUACACCCCCAAGGUGGGCCAGGCCGCCACCUGGGCCGCCAUCCGCCGCGCCUUCCAGGUGUGGGCGUCGGCCGCGCCCGCGCUGCGCUUCCGGGAGGUUCCGUACGGCGACAUCCGCUCGGGCGCGGCGCCCGGCGCCGACAUCAUGCUGCUCUUCGCCGAGGGCUUCCACGGCGACGCCACGCCCUUCGACGGCCCCGGGGGGUUCCUGGCCCACGCCUACUUCCCCGGGCCCCACAUCGGCGGCGACACGCACUUCGACGGCGCCGAGCCAUGGACGCACCGCGCCGACGACCUCAGCGGUAACGACCUGUUCCUGGUGGCGCUGCACGAGCUGGGCCACGCCCUGGGCCUGGAACAUUCCAGCGACCCCUCGGCCAUCAUGGCGCCCUUCUACCAAUGGAUGGACACCGAGGACUUCCGGCUGCCGGACGACGACCGGCGCGGCAUCCAGCAGCUCUACGGCUCGUCCUCGGGUCCCCCCCGCCCCUCCCCCACCCCGCGCUCCCCGCCCCUCCCCCCCCCGGGCCCCCCCUACGGCCCCCGGAUCUGCGACGGCGAAUUCGACACCGUGGCCAUGCUCAGGGGGGAGAUGUUCGUCUUCAAGGAGCGCUGGUUCUGGCGGCUGCGCGGGGGCCGCCUGAUGCCCGGGUACCCCCUGCCCAUCGCCCACUUCUGGCCGGGGCUGCCCCCGAGCAUCGACGCCGCCUACGAGAGGAGCGACGGCAAAUUCGUCUUCUUCAAAGGCCCCCGGCACUGGGUGUUCGAGGAGGGGGCGCUGGCCCCCGGCUACCCCCGGCCCCUGGCCGAGCUCGGCCGCGGGGUCCCCGCCGACCGCCUGGACGCCGCGCUCUUCUGGGUGCCCAGUGGCAACACCUACCUCUUCCGGGGCGACAAGUAUUUCCGGCUGAACGAGGCCCAGGGCUCGGUGGACCCCGAGUACCCCAAGAGCGUUGAGCUCUGGGGGAUCCCCCCCGGCCCCCGCGGGGCCUUCCUGGGGCCCGACGAGGCCUUCACCUAUUUCUACCGCUCCCACCUGUACUGGAAGUUCGACAACUCCGCCCUGCGCCCCGCCCCCGGCUACCCCAAAUCCGCGCUCCGCGAUUGGCUGGGCUGCCCCGCCCCGGCCCCGCCCACCGCGCCCCGCCCCGGCGACGGCGACGUCAUCGUCAUCGCCGUGGGGGCGGGGCCGGGGGCGCUGGCGGCGCCGCUGGCCCUGCUGGGAUUGGCCGGCGCCGCCGCGGGCGUGGCCGCCGCCUGCUGGAAAAGGGGCGGGGCCCACGCGGCGCACCUGCGGCGCUGCCAGAGGUCGCUGCUGCCGCGCGUCUAG